AUGCAAAUAAAUGAAAACAAAUCAAAAAAGAAAGCAGAAAGUAACGGGUGGGAGGGGAAAAGAAAGAAGAGGGAAGGAGGUCUGGACAAGCGGAGGGAACAGGAAUGUCACUGCAAAUUAAGUCCGACGGCAUGCAGCCUCGACAGUAAUCAUUGGAGGUCUGGACAGGCAGGUCGAUUGGCAGCCAAGUCGCAGGACCGAAUGAUGGAUCAAAUGGGGAAGCGCAGUAGUGAAGGUGGAUGGAUGGAGGUGAGGCUGGCCCUGGAGGUCCAGCAUAGCCGACAGGGAGGUAUUCCAGACGUACCUAGCAAUGGAUCUAAGAAUAAUACUGAAAAUAAUAAUCAAAGACGAACACGCAGUGCGAAAUAAAAAACCAACAAGUGACGCGAUGACGGAGAGGCGAGAGAGGGAGAGAUGUAGAAGAGAAAGUGCAAAGCACAAUCCCAACGGAUUUCUCAGAUGUAGUUCAGUAGUAAUAAUACUGGUCGGUCCGGGCGAGGUUGCAACGUUUCUGUGAUACAAAAGGCAGACAGACACAGACAGCUGCUGCUGCGGGUCUCAGGCGGUUCUCCUUCCAGGUACGCAAGCCAGACCCCAAGUCAAGG